AUGGCAUUUAUGCCUAAGGUAGUUGCUGCGGUGGACUUCGGAGGGACUUGUAUAGGUUAUUGCUAUACGUUUUUACGGGAAAACGCGAAAGGGUUGCACUUCCCCGAAUGGGGGCCACACUGUUCCAGUAAAACAAAAUCCUGUGUUCUCUUAAGCCCCGACAGACAGCUCCAUUCCCUUGGUAACGAAGCGGAUCGAAAAUUCUUGGAAUUACUGAAAUCUGGUGAAUCACCAGCCUGGUUUUACUGCGAAAACAUCAGAAAUAUUCUCACAGAAACUAAGGAUUAUGUGACAUGUAGGAACAGGCAAUCCCUAGACGUGACAGAGAUACUGUCUGGUGUUCUUCAGUUCUUCUUUAAUCACCUAUUCAAGAGAUGUGAAGAGGCGGAGGAAACUGUUUUACCAGCCGAUGUUCGCUGGGUUUUCAAUCUCCCAAUCAGAGCCAGAAGGGAUAUUAUGAUAGUUCUCAAAUCUGCUGCAAGCAAGGCCAACAUCGACACUGAAACAAUCUACUUUAUUUCGGAAACAGAGGCAAUAGUGGUAGCAGCUAAAAUACUUCAUCAAGACAGAGUUAUACCAGAGACUGAUAAUCAACUGUGUGUGUGUGAUCUCGGUGGUUCAUCUGUGAGUGUCGCGAAACUUGAUGUGGAAGAGGAGGGAACCAUUAACAUGAAGGAGUACGAAUAUACAGAUAACUUUGGGGGUCAGAGUUUAGAUAAACAUUUUCUAAAAUUUUUGAGAAAUGUUCUUGGUUCGCACGUCAUUCAGGCGUUUGAGGACUAUUUACCGUUACAAAUGCGAGAGUUAAUGAGUUUAUUUGAACUUAGCAAGUCCAAUAUGACACCAGAGUUCACCCGGAAGUUUGUUUUUGGAAUUCCUCCCGUGUUGGUCAAAAGGUUUAAAGUGUUUUUUCCAACAUUUCAAGAGGAAGAGCAGUUUGCUCCAAAUUCAAAAUACGGUGAAAAAAUUAUCAUGUCUCAGAGCAGCCUGACAGCAGAUGAAAAAAUCGUGUGGCCCUUCCUUAAAGAGGCUGUGGAAAAUGUCACAGAAUACCUCCAGCAUGCAUUCGAAAAUCUUCAAAUACCUAAAAGCACGACAGUCCUCGUCACAGGAGGCUUCUCAAAAUACUGGAAGCUGAGUGACCGCAUGAGACGGAAAUUCUCCACGAGGAGCAUGCUAUACAUAGACGCGCCUGCGGAAGCGCCACUUAUAGGAGCAGUUAUGGUUGGCAGAGAGAUAGAGGCUAAUAAAAUCUUUCAAAGCCUACCAUCCGAAAUCCGGCAGAUGUCAGGUGACGAACAAGACGUUUUGAGUACUUCAUUGCAAAGAGGUCGAUUUGCUGUUCGUGACGUCAGUAUUAAUGUCAUAGGUCACGUCGGAUCUGAACCAAAAUUACUAAUAAGAAGCUUUGUCAUGGGCCAGAAAAGAGAAAACAAAAAUGUUAAGGAAGAUUUGUGUAUAUUAAUCGGUAGAAGAAAGCAUUCAGUCAAGAAAAAAAACAGACUAGAUUCUUCCUUUACUACAUUUAUGCUUCCUGUCCCACAGAAUUGGAAAUCUCUCUACAUGGCUGGUAGACCUGUUAUAAACACCCAAUACAGUACAGCAAGUCGUUGGUGCACUAAUGAAUCUUAUCGAGAUAUUCACAAAUCACAUCCACAGGCAAGUCCUAGACAGCAGGAAGUUACUGUUGGUGUAUCUCCCGAGAUUUAUGACCAAGAAGUAACCCCUACCCCCCGUCCGCUGGAUGUAGAAGUAGCCCCUACCCCCCGCCAGCUGGGUGUGCCACAUGAGAAGAAUGUAGAUCAAUUGUAUCCUCUCCGAAUCCGAGAGCUAGGCUCCGAGUAUGAUGUGUUUCAAAGCCGGAAAUCUUUGCUGGACUGGAGACCAGUGUACAUCCUGAUAUAUAGCCUGGCCCUGAAAACUACAGACCUCGUACUGGAAUCGGACAACGGUCCCGACUCACGAAAGAAAACUCUACUAGAUUUCAUCAUAAGAUGGAUAGAGAUGAUUUACAUGUUCACCUCUCGAACAAAACAGGGACAUCCAUAUAUAGUAGUGUUCGGCAAGCACUGUAAUCAACAGAAAGAGACUAUGCAUCAGUCUCGAUCUGACAUUAUGAUUCGGCAGUUAGACAAAUAUUUUUCGGGGACUCCUGUUCGUAACUGGUUGAUCUUAGAUUCUCUCCUUCGGGGGGAUGUUGGGGAUGAGCGGGACACAGGGCUAGAACGUCUUCGACAAACCAUCAUGGACAUCUCAAACAAAUAUCGAACAGCAGAAUUGUUUCCUCGACACUGGAUUACAUUUUAUGACCGAUUAAUGUCAAAGAAAAGGGAAGGUCACAAGGUAAUUUCGUCAAAUCUUCUUCGGAAAUUCAACACGGAACACAGCGAACCCUUAGGAGCUCUUGAACUGGAGGUGUUCCUGAAAUACCACCUGACUGUGGGAAGUCUCCUUGACUUCCCACACAAUGAUCAUCAGGAUUACGUGUUUUUGGAUCCUAGUGUUCUUUCUGAGGAAGUACGUGUGAUUGAAAGUAUAGCACAGAACAACAAACGAUCGAAACCAGCUUCCUUCAAGCAUGUCGUAAUUCCGAACACUGUGUUAGCACAAUACCUUGCUUCAGACAGAGUCAAUGGGAAGGGACAGAUUAUAAUCAGGGUCUUGCUUGAGUUGGGAAUUUUGGCGAAGCCUGUAAUGUACGACUACCAUGGAAAUUUAACCGACCCGGAAUACCUAGUUUUAAUGGAUUCUCUCCAAAAUAUGAACACUUCACCACUUCGAGAAAAGCUUUUUGCCGAGAAGAAAUGCAUAACAAUGAGAUUCCGAAUGAAGGGUUGUCUACCUAUGGCUGUGUUCCAACGCCUCCUAUCGUCAGCAGUCUCACUUUGGUCAGUUGUUCAUUACUCUGCCAAAUAUCUGAUGAUGGCUAACAUUGCAGCUUUCUCAUUAGACCAUUACCAUCGACUCAUUUUGGCUACUCAUGGUAAUACAGUCGACGUCUACAUCUAUCACAAGACUGCCAGCAUAAAUAUAAACCCAAGUGUCACUCAAAAUGUACGGCAUUUUCUAGAACUAAAUCUGAGACGCAUUUUGUGUGUGACUUCUUCAGUAAGACAGAAAACACAAUUUGUUCAAAGCACAGAAGAUGGGAUCGUACAUAUAACUACAAAAAAUAAGGACAAAAAUGAGAUCCAAGUAAAUGAAGGAAUCUAUAUAGCUGAGUUAGCAACAUGUAACAGUUUUACAUCCUGCUUUGCAACAGUUGAUGAACUACAGGACAAAGAGGAGUGGAAAUGUGAAAGACAUGCUGUUGGUGGAGAAUCACGUGACCUUCUUGGAGUCUGGUAUUCCACCGAGGAGGCUUUCCAGGACCCUGUACAUUCCUGUAUAUGUGAGACCGACUGUAAAGGGCUGAAGGAGUAUCUGUUGUCAAAAACCCCAUCAGAACAACUUAUAGGACGACUGGCGAGGCGACUCGAUCCAAAGGGUAUUCUUUCCAUCUCACAAAGACUAGGUUUGAGCCAAGUAGAGGUACGGCGUGUCCGAGACCGGACUGUUGGAGCGUCGUUGUGGCGAAGGUCAUUUAACACUCUCAGGGCCGCAAUACUAGACCAGUCGUUGACCCUUGGUCAGCUACAGGCGGCAAUUAUCGCGGAAGGAGUUGGGGAACACAUACUUUGUCAGGGAUUACGGGUUAAUCACAACACUGGCUAUGUCCCAGAGGAAUACCUAGAUCGAAGUGUGAGCAGACGAGAGCUGGCAGCCAUUGGAUUAAAUAUCAACAGGGACAUUUUUCCACUGGCUGUCGAACUUGAUAUUUCUUCACAAGACAUCAUGUCUAUUCUGCAGAGACCAAUAGAACGUGACCCUACGUUAAAUAUCCGAGACAUCUUGUUAGAAUGGUAUUUGUAUUCAGAGUUCAAACCUACAUUCAGGGUCCUUGUUACCGCAUUUAUUGAGGUCGGAUUAGAUCUGGAGUAUAUAACAAAUGCAUUUGAUCAAAACACAUAUAACGAUCUAUUUUAAGAAUUUUGAAUUUCAAGUAAAAUAUUACAUACGUUUCAGGAUUUG